UAAUUGUGUCUGGAAAAGGGUCGACAAUUACACCACAAAGCUGUACCUUGCCUCAUGGAAGUGAUUUCUAUAUUCUAUAGAGCUAGCUAGAGGACAACUGGAACAGCUAUGCCGAAGAAAGGGAAGAAGGGAACUGAACAGAGAGUGAAAGGAAAUGUCAAGACUGCUAGCAGUGGUCGGAUGUCCGAACUCCUCGGCUCAGAGGGCGUGGGGUUCAUUGGGUUCGACAGCGUCUCGGGUGGUCUCAGUGGCAGCAACUGGGCCGAAAGUAUCGACGGUGGCGGGAGGAUAGAGGAUCUCCCGGUGGCUGGCUCUGGGUCAAGUUUCCAUGUGGCAAUGAAACAACUGGGCAAGAGGGAUCCAACCACAAAACUAAAGGCUUUGCAGGAGUUCUCUCUGCUGUGUGGACGAGAGGAGACACAGAACAUACUGGCUGUGCUGCACGUGUGGUCACUCAUGUACAACAAACUGAGCACGGACAACGACCAUCGCGUGAGAGAGGCUAGCCACAAAGCCCUGAGGGCCUGUGCCGAGAAACUCAAGAGCAGCCUGGCCCCCCAACUACGGAGCAUUAUCGGGUGUUGGGUGUCGGGAAUGUGUGACCCACACGGACCAGCUGCCUCUGCGGCAAAGCUGGCCUUUGAUGCCGCCUUCACUAGUAAGAAACAGAGGGAGGUACUCGAGUUUGGAUCCAGGGCUGUAGUCAAGCAUGCUGAAGAUCUGAUUUUACAUGAAACUCCUGACACCUUCAGUGACCCAAAGGUGGUGCCGGCUGAUGAGAGGCAACAAAGGUACGAAAGAGCUCUGAUGAUGGGCGUGGCAGGCCUGGCCCUCCUCUUGCAUCAAGUAUCUCCAGAUCACCUGACAAAGUCGACGGAGGUCUACCAGACACUGCUCUCUGAGAAGAGGCUGUGGAAACUAGCCAGACACAAAAACCCAUCGGUGAGAGCCUCUGUGUUUAUGUUAGUGACUGCCCUGUGUGAGAGGGCUCCAGAGUUUGUGGCUGACAACAUGAAGCCACUCUGCUCUGCAGUGCUGGGCUCGCUAGGAGAGGAUGACCCUGUCGUUAUUGGCCCGUUAUGGGAGGCAUGUCUCACCCUCAUCACUAAGACAGAGAACUGGAGCGAUCAUGUCAAUUUGCAGAAGGGGUUGCUUCCUGGGCUGUGGUCCUUCCUCAAGUCUGGGGGUCACGGCUCAGCCAAAAUCACCUACCCCUGUCUCCUACCACUGCUCAGUAUACUCACAGACAAGGUGUUUUCCAAUGACGCUGACUUUGCAAUACUUUUCCUGGAGCGGCUGGGGGCUGGUCUCCAUGGUGACCGUGUUCGUAUGUCACGACUGGACAGUGAGGUGGUGAUGAGAACAUACAGAGAGUGUGUCAUGUACCUCAUGACAAGGUUCCAGCCAGUGGAGACCCUCUGUCCUGUCUUUAGUCAGAUGAAGGAUCUCUUUCUGUACAGUCUGUCCAAGUCUUGUCCCCUCGUCCAGAGUGAGGUGGUCUCCUCGUCCCUCGUACACUUACUCUCCUCACUCCUCGGGACAAUGGAACAAAACCACACCCACUUGGGGACGGAGUAUCGAAACCACCCCCUCUUGAGUUGCCUAGAGGGCCUCAGGGUAGACCUGGAGGAGGCUCUUACAAGCUACAUAACAGAGACAACUGAUCAAAAGCCUCUAUUCCCUCGGCUGGAAGGACUGCUCUCCAGUUUUCACUCACUCCCCAAGCCAAAGAAAGUCAAAGGGGGCUCGGUACGAUUUUCUGACCAACCCCCAGACAACACUAACGAUACUACAGAUGGCCAAGACACUGAAGAUCAUGUGACCUCUCCCAUCAAACUACCAGACAAUCACAUGACAAUGCCCGCUAGUCACAUGACCACUGACAAAGGGACCCUCCUGAGAGACUAUGUGUCCCCAGUGGUGUGCUCCCUGUGUGCUGGGUGUGUCGUGAGGCUGUCUACUGUAGUGGAUCUGGAAAUGAGCGGAUUAUUAUUGAAGCUGCUCCGACUCUAUUGUGUCGACUCAGCAUUCUCCAUGGACGUCUUGAGUGUGCUCAAACCCAACCAUCCUGAGGUAUUGCCUGAGUACCUGGAGGGCAGUUCUCCACCUGAUACGGUUGCCAUACCAACACUACUGCUGAGGCUAGCUCGAUUGGACGCUCUGUCUCCUCAGAGCUCACACUUCAGUGCUAACAUGCUCGAGUGUGUGCUGAUACUGGUGUCUAGGGGCACUGACGACAUGGUCACUAGUACCGGGUGGAGUCUGCUCACUCAACUAGUACAGGAGAACACUACAGUCACUCCACUACUGCUCAUGAAGCUUGAAGAGCUCGGUGAGAGUGGGGCAGCUGCCUCGUUACUUGGAUCAUGUGAGCACCUCCUCACUGGGUUGCUCACUGGCACACCAAACAACACCAUCUUCCUGUGGCCCUUCCUCCAGUCUCUCUUCACAAAGCAACCAGAGACUCCCCUCAGCAGUAAGAUGUUCUCAAUACUUUGUCAGCAGCUGUGUGAGGCUGCGUCUAGUGAUCAGGAAUUCAGUGACUCUGGGGUUAACAUGCUGCGAGUGCUUUGUAAACUGCAACAUUCAACAGUGCAGGUCAAAGUGCAAGACUGCAGCAAACUACUGGAGGCAUUGUUGAGAUGGGCUCUCUUUCAUCCUGCUCUUGAAGAGCCUUCUUUGUUGGAGUGUGUGAUCCAGUGCUACCAUCACCUGUUGUCCCUUCUACCCAACACCACCUCGUUCCUAACCAGCUGCUCAUCACUGGUUGCCAUGGUGAUAGCCUCGGACCAAGAGAAGCUGUCCACCAAAGAAUUACUAUCUAGACAUCUACAGUCUGCGUUGGUCUAUUCAGCACUCCACAGUCAAGUGAUGUCACAUGACACGUUCAACGUACUCUACGGCUCAUUCACCAAGCUACCCAAACGCAUUGAGAAAUCUCUUCUCCCCGUGUCCUCAUUGGAUUGUUUCUGUGAGGGGGACCUGAUAUUUUCCCCCCUGUUCAUGGACCUGCCCCCCACUGCCCUCACACCCACCCUACCAUCGUCACUAACCCCUCUCCUCUACCCGGCUCUGCUACUAAACAAUCGUCUCCUCGCUCCAACUGGUGACCAAGGUGAUGACUCAGAGCUCAUGAAGCUGGCGUCUUUACAACAGAGACUGGGGAGUGGGUGUGGCCUGCAGGAGGCGUGUGAGGGGGGUGGUGUGGAGUUGGUGCUCUCUCUAUCACUGGCAGCUACUUGUCUGACUGUAUCUCAUCUGGUAAAGAGGACUCCAUUAGAGUCUAGAGUUGGGGAGGUGCUCCGUGGAGCUGUGGAGAGGUGUGUCCAGUACACCAGUGACCACGCCCCCCACUCUCUCUCACUGUUGGUGGGGGAGGUCGUUAAGAGGGCAAGCUAUAGCGGGUCUCUAUGGUUACCCGUGGUGAAUAACAUCUUUGCCAUCCUGGGAAAAGUGUUUGAAGGGAAUCAAGACAUUUCAAUCCAAGACCUGAUGAGUGCACUGUACAAGGAGCCUGAAGGACCAAUCAUCUUCUCCGCCCUCAGGCCACUGAAGACAGAGUGGUAUCAGCAGCAGAUUGAGGAGCUGGCCACACAGAGACACAGUGACCCGUGUUUGCUGGCUGGCUGUUUGAAGCUGUUGCCAAAUAACGAAGUCCUCCUCUCCCUGGGGUCCAAGAUUAUCAUCGAGAUAGCUGAGAAACAAUCAAAUUCUGAACUUAACCUCUUUGAAAGUGUGUCUGACUCGUCAGGUGACCCAAUCUCGUACUCCAUCCUCAAGCUGUUCAACCUCCUCCUGGCUCAGGGCAAGGAACCACCCCCUGUCAGUAUGGACUUUGUACUCUGCAGCUCCGUCUCUCUCAUUGAGCUCUUGAAUGAAGUUCCUCCCAGCAGCUCCUCCUCUGUCAAUGACGCCCUCUUCACCUGUCAGCUGCUGGACACGGUUCAUCAGUUGUGUCUCCACCUCACGUCCCCUCAGGCCAGCGGGGAGCAGGCUAAAGAGUGGAGGGAGUUCUUUCAACCCUCUCUACAGAGCCAGCUGCUACCACUGUUCCUGAGGCACUCUGGUUGCUCUGUUGACCCUUGUCUGGCCUACCAGACCUUGUCUCUGAGUAGAGUGGUGUGGGCCGUGUGCUCCUCUCCGGAGGGGGUGGAGCUUGGACAACUAACGGACAUGCUUCUCUCCGCCCCCACACACCCACAGCAGCUGGCAGCAUUCAAACUAGCCGAGAGGUUGAUGGAUUCCCAUACUGUAGUGCUUGAUGAAGACACUGAGACAGAUGACGCUGGAAAUCCUCUCAAGUUGUCUCAACUCAAGGACCUUCUCUCCGGCUGUUUUGAGAGAGUUGAUAUGGACCUUGUGUUCUUUGAAGACUCCCAGCAGGGUCAGAGGUCAGAGGUCACCAGUAGACACACAGUUGCGUACUUGCUCACCUGGUUACUGGUCAUCAGAGCAAUGAGUCGCUGUGGACCUGAGUCUCGAGGGGCGCUGUCUGAGUGGCUGAAAGAGCUCUCUCUAUUUGAUCACCUCCUCCACGGUCUACUCUCCCUCUUGCCCUCCGUCCAGCGGAGGUCAGUAGUCAACCUGGAUCUAGAGGUCACACUCACUCCUAGUCUACAGCAGCUGGCUCUCAUGACGUACACUGCGGUCGCUAAGCAACUGCCCUGUAUGCUCCGACAGUGGUACCUGACCUUGAACAGACAGACCAGUGCACAAAUUGCAGCGUUCACCACUAAACACGUCAGCCCCCAUCUACAAAACACCGAGCUGGCGAGUAUCCGUGAAGCCCCGCCCAUUCACGGGAACAUGGAGGUCCGAGCGUACAGCACUGUCUCAGAGGUCUCAGUGGUGUAUAGGGUGGACGAGUUCAGUAUUGAGUUGUUCCUGCGUCUGCCUGAGUCCUACCCCCUCCAGCCACCCACGCUCAGGGAGGGCAAGAGAGUGCGUGUGGACCAGGCACAUUGGAGGAAGUGGUUACUGCAACUCAACAUCUUUGUCACUAAUCAGAAUGGCUCCCUAUUGGACGGUCUCUUGUUAUGGAAGAGUAAUCUGGACAAGCACUUCUCUGGAGUGGAGGACUGCAUGAUCUGCUUCAGUGUCAUUCACAGCUCAAACUACUCACUGCCAAAGAUGAACUGCAAAACUUGCAAGAAGAAAUUCCACUCAGCCUGUCUCUACAAGUGGUUCAACACAAGCAACAAGAGCAGCUGUCCCAUGUGUCGGAACAUUUUCUAAGACAUUCUUGCUCUAUAGUCAAUUGUGAAUGAUUAUCAUGUCUGCUUUUAUCAUAAUUAUUUAUUUUUAAUUACUCGACUAUAAGAAAUUUACAUAGUAUAUUAACGGAAAUUUAA